AUGGCCUCCUUAGCCACCCUCCCGCCCGAACUGCUCAACCUGAUAACCGGACCUCUAACCCUUCCGGAUCUCCUCAAAAUCCGACUGCUCAACAAAUCCCACAACCUCAAAUUCCAACAUUACUUCCGCUCUUUACUCUUCACCAGCAUAUCCAUCCGUAUCGAUAUCAAUUCAGAUCCCGACGAGGGCGACAGCAUAUAUAAACUAUCACACCUCCCGUCUGCUGCGAAGUCUUAUAUUCAAACUAUAAUAAUCUCUGGGUCCAAGGAGUACUUAAACUUCAAGGCAGUCGAUAAUUAUAAGAGUAAUAACAAUACUAGUCAUAAUAUAACAAAGAAGUCGAAGUCGAAGUCGAAAUCAACAUCCCCAAACCUGUCCACCAUCCUCCAAACCCUCCCAAACCUUAAAACAAUCACCAUCAAAGAAACCACACCUUCAACAAUCAUCACCUCUCUAUUAACCAUUUCCAUCUUCAUCUCCACUUCCUCUUCUUCAACUUCUCUACAAUCCCUCCACAUCACCACUCCAUCCCUCAACCUCACAGACCUCACCUUCCCAGCUUCCCCAAUACCAAUCCUUCACUCUCUAACCACCCUCUCCCUCUCCCUCAAAUUCCCCUUCACAAACAACCACCAUCUCGACCAAAAACCCAUCUCAAAACUCUGGACCUGGAUAACCUCCCUCUCCCAAACUUUACACUCCCUCACCCUCAAAAACACUUCCAGUCCCCCCAAUUCUCUUAAUCAACCAUGGCCCCUCCACCCCCACCAAACAAUCUUCCUCCCAAAGAACAAAAACAAGAACAAGGGCAAGGACGAUAAGAAAAAGGUUAUAACCAACCUACCACACCUAAAAUCUCUAAAACUUCACAACAUACACCUCACAAUCCAAGAUAUCCACCACCUCCUCCCCACACCCAAGGACUCACUCAUCGAAUACAUCAGUUUUGAAGCCUGUCAGAUGCAAUACCCGGAUAAAGAAUGGUAUGAAGUAAUAUCCUACCUUCUUCCUUUUAACGAUAAUAACAAUAACAAUAACAAUACCACCACUGCAAACCGGCAAUACUUCAAACAUCUAAACCACAUAUCCCUAAAACUAAACGGUCACCACCCCACCAUCCCAACCUACGAACUCCCAGAUCUCGAAUUCACAAACCUAAAUAGAAACACAGAUAUAAAUACUCUAAACCCCCUUCCAACCUGCAAAAUCUCCCUAAAUACCACCACCCCCACAAACCAAGACAAAAAACAAGAAGAAUCAAUAAUAUCCCUCCAAAAACCCCUCCACCACAUCAUCACCCCCCAUCCAAAAAACAAUACCAACAUAAAAACCCCACAUAAAUCCUUCUGGACAUCCCUCACAAACGGAAAAUACACCUCCCCAAGUAUUCUAAAAUGGAAAAGGAUAAGACUCCUAGCAGACCAAUACGAUAUCGAAUUAAAAAAACUCAGUGCAUACGCACAAUAUGAUUACCACAUGGCCGAUAGAUUGGAAAAGAAAUUUCAAAGGGAUUUGGAUAGGAUCGAGAUGGAGGCUGCUGUUGCUGUUGCUGCUGAGCAGGAGGAGGUUAGAUUAGACGGUGUGAUAUAA